GACGGUGUUUAACUGGAAAAUCCAGAUACAACCAACUUCUGUUUUUAGCUGGUCCGAGUUGGCUUAUGUGGUUCAUCAACAGAACAACGGUCAGUGGGGGCAGAAGUCAACCAGAUGUAGGAGGAGCGGUCGGCCAAACCUACACGAACCCUGCAGAACUGCCUCUGGUGGACUUGUGAAGGCCAGCAGCUGAAUUUCCCUCGACUGUCAGGAUGUCCAUCAUGGAUCAUAGCCCCACCACCGGGGUCGUCACCAUUAUUGUAAUACUCAUUGCCGUUGCCGCACUGGGGGCUUUAAUUCUUGGUUGUUGGUGCUAUUUGCGGCUGCAGCGCAUCGGUCAGUCUGAAGAUGAGGAAAGCAUUGUCGGAGAAGGUGAAACCAAGGAGCCCUUCCUGCUGGUCCAGUAUUCGGCCAGAGGCCCGCGGGUGGAGCACAAGACCAAGCUCACUCCUAACGGCACCGAGAGCCACACCUAAUUCUGCCUUCGCAAUGCAUACAAUGUAGUGGGGCGUCCGUCAGUCUCCCUUACGUUAUCACUCAACACUGAAAUGAAUCCACUCUGCGUUUUAAACAAGGUGAUAAACGAAGGCAAACCUAGUGCAUGCAGUUGUCUAGUUGCUUUGACUGUUGAUUUUUUUUUUCGUGGUGGUAGAGCCCUGUUAUAAUGUGAAAUCGACGACUGUAAGCGUUUUGUGCAAUGCUGUUUGUUUGUAAAGCUGUAGCUGAGUUCUGAAGCUAAAUCAAGACUCAUUCUGUUUAUUUGGUUGUAUUUUUACUUUACCAUUUCAUCCAGAGCUGGCUCUGGUAUUAAGAAAUUCUACACACAUUUCAAUGGACUGAUGUCAAAGCUUUUGAGGCUUUUUAUCCAAUUCAUUCCUUUUUUUUCAGGAAAAUAUUCCCAUACAAAUGCUUUAUUGAAUUGCAAUACAAAAAAGAACAUUUUCAUUACAAAUAAGCACUUCAGGAUACCAUAACUUGCCAAAUUAUGUAAACUGGCUUUUAUAAGCUCUUACAUUAUGUUCAUGAGAUCAUGAUUUCAUUAGCACUUUUUAUCUUUCCUGUGGUGAUUUUAUAUCAGCUGGUUCCGGUCUAAAACUGCUAGGAAACCACUAAAACAACGAAAACCAAUGACUGCGGUCUUUUUAUUCUUGUUGAAUACUGGUGUGGCCACAGAGGCGUUCGUUUUUUUGUGGUUGAGCACAUUUUUACAUAGCGAGAAGUCAUUUGAAAUCAUUUUUAUAGAUGGCUGGAUGCAUAGCUGGUUACUGAAAAGUCAUUGUCUUAAGUUUUUAACCUGUUUCUUCACAGUAUUAUUUAAUUCCACAUAUGUUUGUGAUAACAUGAUGUUUGCCGUUUGUACAUGCGCGAUGAAAGUGAGAGAAAUGAUUUAUUUUUAUACAAUAUUCAUGCAAAUGUCAGUCAGGCAUUUAGAGGGAAAGAUGAAGCCUGAUAAAGCAGCUAAUAUGAUAUGUUACUAAUACCAAAUCUUUAGGGUUCUGUCACACAUUUGUCGACAGUUUUUUUCUGAAUUAUGUGCCGUUCUAUAUACAGGGGGGAAAAAAAACAAAAAACAAGGAGGACAGUACAUGCAUGCUAAUUUAAUCUGCAUAUUUAAAGAAAAAAAGCUACUUUUUAUUAGUUAAGCGCUCGGUAUAUUGCUUAUGUCACUCCAGCCAGUGUGUCUGUCCAGUGUUUGACUGUACUGAACAAUAAAACCUCCUCUGUUACUAGGGAAAUGUUUGCUCA